AUGAGCUCCAGCCAGGACACUGGGACAAACCCACCCACGGCCACCUCCAACGGGACAGCCCUGCCCAUGGAGCGGAAUUACACCGCCAUCACACAGCACUGCUGGGAUUACUUUGUCUACCUGAUGAAGAACGUGCUGCCAUCGGAGCUGUGCGAGUGGAAAAUCAUCAGCAGGCCCUACAGCGAGCUGCAGAACUGCCUGGAGGGGUGGGCAGAGCGCCUCAACUACAGCUACCCCAACGCCCUGGCCGAGCAGUACAUCUUCCAGAGCCACCACAUCUACUUCCACAACUGCACCCUGGAGCACCCGGUGUACUUCGACCCGCCCGAGGAUGUGCUGCUGGCCAUGAUCAUCGCGCCCAUCUGCCUCAUCCCCUUCCUUGUCACCCUGGUCAUCUGGCGCAGCAAGGACGGCAAGGCUCAGGCUUAG